GGCGGGAGCCGCCUCAAAAAGUUCGGAUGCAGCCAGUUCGCCCGAAAGAAUGCGUAAUUUUGACACACGGACUGAGAAGGAGAAGGCGAUCAACGAAUGGCUUCCGAUCACCUCUUCAAAGAAUGCAAAGUGGUGGUACGCAGCUUUCCACAAUGUCACUGCCAUGGUUGGAGCUGGAGUCCUCAGUCUCCCUUCUACAAUGGCAGAUCUAGGAUGGGGAGCUGGUGUGACCAUACUGAUACUAUCAUGGGUUAUUACUUUGUACACACUGUGGCAAAUGGUUGAGAUGCAUGAGAUGGUACCUGGAAAACGUUUCGACAGAUACCACGAGCUGGGGCAGCACGCGUUUGGUGAGAAGCUCGGUCUCUAUAUUGUCGUGCCCCAACAACUCAUUUGCGAGGUGGGAGUGGACAUUGUCUAUAUGGUGACUGGUGGGAAGUCACUGCAGAAAUUCCACAAUUUGGUGUGCCCAGAUUGCAAAGAUAUCAAGCUUACCUUCUUCAUCAUGAUCUUUGCCUCAGCCCAUUUCGUGCUAUCCCAUCUUCCCAACUUCAACUCCAUCUCUGGUUUGUCUUUAGCAGCUGCAGUUAUGUCCUUGAGCUACUCUACCAUUGCCUGGACUGCUUCUGCUCACAAGGGGGUGCAAAAGGGUGUGAAAUAUGGCAACCCUAAUACAACCACGCCGGGAAAGGUGUUCGGUUUCUUCAAUGCCUUGGGUGAUGUUGCUUUUGCCUAUGCUGGGCACAAUGUGGUCUUAGAGAUUCAAGCAACAAUCCCUUCUACCCAUGAGAAGCCAUCCAAGGUACCCAUGUGGAGGGGAGUCAUGGUUGCCUAUAUAGUUGUGGCCUUCUGCUACUUCCCUGUUGCUAUAUUCGGUUUUUGGAUGUUUGGGAACCAAGUCGAAGACAACAUCCUCCUCUCAUUAGAGAAACCCACUUGGCUCCUUGCAAUGGCUAACUUGUUUGUCGUUGUUCACGUUCUCGGAAGCUAUCAGGAUCAAAUCUACGCAAUGCCGGUGUUUGACAUGAUAGAAACUCUUCUAGUAAAGAAAUUGCACUUCAAGCCGAGUUGGAUGCUUCGCUUUGUUUCACAAAAUAUAUACGUGGCUUUCACAAUGUUCAUUGGCAUGACCUUCCCUUUCUUUGGUGCUCUUCUUGGUUUCUUCGGAGGGCUUGCAUUUGCACCAACAACAUUCUUUUUGCCUUGCAUCAUGUGGCUUGUCAUCUAUAAACCGAAGAGGUUUGGUUUGUCUUGGUUUGCUAACUGGAUCUGCAUUAUCCUGGGUCUUCUUUUGAUGAUUUUCUCAUGCAUUGGAGGGCUGAGGGAAAUUAUACAAGAUGUCAAGACAUAUAAAUUCUACUCUUAAGCAACUCUUGUCACACCAA